AUGGCUAACAAUUCGCGAAUUAUUUUACCUUUUGCAUUAUGGUCAGAAGCUCCACCGUCAUUGUCUGUCACGUCAUUAUUCAUCAAUUUCGCCAGUGAAGAUCUUAUCACAGGAACAAAUGAUGGAUUUAUGGUUUGUUGGAAGAUUGUUCCCGAUCGACAGAAGAUUAUUCCAAAAUUGAUGUUAAUCGGUCAUACAAGUAAAAUAUCAUUCAUUGUUGGACCAACAGGAAAUCACAAGCUUGAACAAUUUGUUAGUAUUUCUGAUAAUGAUGGGCAAAUCAAGUUGUGGAAUAAUGAAGAUGGUCGUUGUAUUGAACAUAUUCGAACAAAUCUAAAGCACCGUGCAGCUCAAUGUUUUAAUUAUCAAUUAACCAAUGAACAUUUCCUUGUCUGUUGUGGAUGCUAUUCCGAAAUCAUCAUUUACGAUAUGCGUACAUUGGAAAUUAAAUUUACACUGAUACCAUCACAUGUAGAUGCUGAAUGGAUAUCGACUUUUUUUAUUUUUCAAAAAUCUACUGGUCCAGAUGUUAUCAUCACGAUUGGAUUGUUGGAUAGUGGUUGUGUGAAAUUAUGGGCAUUUGAUCCACGUACAGUAACAUCGAACACUACAAUUGAGGGAACAAGUGUAGGAAAUAAUAAUGAUCUUGUGCCUAUUGAACUGAAAGAACAUGAAAGUAGAGAAAUUCGAACACAAUUUGGUUCGAUCAUUGUUCCUUGUGAGGAAUGUCAACGUAUGAUACUGGUUGUUCACGGGCGAGGUUGGCAGAUAUUUGAUGGAGUUGAUUUUACGGAAUUGUGUACAUAUACAACGUCCGAGAAGGAAGUCGUUAAAGAUGAACAUUGGAUCUAUGGACAUUUUCCAACGCCAGAAUUAGUCAUACUCUUCUCUGCUCGAGGCUAUGCACAUAUUUUUCGACUUCCAGAAAAUGCAACGUUCGGAAAUGCAAAAUAUCGUUCGCAACACAAUAAAACAGAUAUGCAAAUACCCAAAUGGUUAUGUCGACUAAAUGUUGGCAAUGAAUUACAAUUGGGUCAAACGCCGGUGUAUUAUUGUCACACGAAGUUGAAACAAUGUCAAAUCUAUCGUGCUGAUAGUGCUGGUCAACUCUCUAUUUGGACUGUCAACUUAACACGAUUUUCAACCACAAGUGAUAUUUUCCCAUCAUGGUCAGUUUCUUACAAAGAUGUAUGGUCAAAUGCAAUGAAGAAUGUCCACACAGUGCGAAAAGUUUUCAACGAACUAUUACCAAAUCAAGUUCAGAAGUUAACAGCAUCUUGUCAUUUGAUUACCAUGGACCGUUUAGCAUUCGGUUCUGAUAAUGGACAAAUUUAUCUUCUACCUGCAUUAAAACUUAUUUCCUAUUUAUUCUUAAGCAAUGAUCAACCUCAAGAAAAUUUCGAUGUACAAACACUCUCUGGACAUAGUCAAGCAAUCACAUGUUUAAUUCAUCCACAUAGCGAAUACUCACGCUAUGAUAUUCAGCAUUUACUCAGUGGUAGUAUCGAUCAUUCCAUACGUUUAUGGGACUUAGCAACCAACACACAAUUACAUAUGUUUACUAUUCAUUCCGGCGCCAUUCUGAUGUUUCAUAUUCCACCGCCCAUGCUGAACAUCAAAGUGCAAUAUUGUGUUUGUUCCAUAGCUAAUGACCAUAGCGUGGCAUUGAUUAGUUUAAAAGAACGUAAAACGGUGUUAUUAGCUAAUCGACAAUCGUAUCCUGUUGUUGGACUUCGUUGGCGAAUUAAUGAUGACUUUUUAUUGAUUAAAUGUUCAGAUGGAAGUUUAUUUAUUUGGCAAAUUGAAACAGGAAACCUCGAUCGAGUUGCCCAUGGAGUCUUAGCGGAAGAACUCUUUGAAUGGUACAAUGAUCCGAGACUGUUGAAUGCAGGUGGCGAUUCGCAGAAUGACCCAUUGUCAAUGGCAAUGACAAGUACACACUACUUUCAAAUACGAUCGACUUGGAAAAGAAGAGAUCAUGAUCAAAUGAAGAAAUUAAACCGAAAGCUCGGUAAUCUACGUCAUGAUUUAAUCGGUGCAUCUUCGUUCAAACAUACGGAGUAUCGUUUACCGAUUGUCAUCCAACAGUUUCACACGAAUCUUGGCGAUGAUCUAUCCAUACUUGUUCUCUUCGAUUUGCUUCAACUGAUAAGCCAAAUUAUCGUAUUCGAUCUUGAAAAACAACACGCUCAAAAUCCUAAAUACAUCGACACAGCAAAUAGUGAUGUUAGAUUACAAUUGACUCAAACAUCGAAAUCAUUGGCAGUACUAUCGGAUUUUCUUGUUUCAUUGCUUCAUCCAUGGUCGUUCGAUAAAACAAUGGAUAAAAUUUGCCAGGAACGUUUAAAACUCUAUCGUACCAAUCGAUAUCUAUCUUAUGGAAUCUUAAGCAAAAACGAUCAUUUAACUAUCGUUUUACCAACAUGGCAACAGUAUCUCAACGAUAAUAUUCCGGAAACAUUUUUACCACUUCAAACGGCAUUAAUUUCAUUUGAUGGAAUGGAAGUGAACGAAAAUGAGAUCAUGCGACAAAAACAAGAACGAGUAGAAAACUAUGUGUACCAAUGGCGAUGGACAUACUCGUCGAUUCUUAAUACAGAGCAUUUAUUAAGUUUAGUAACGAUGGUUUAUAUUUUAAUGAAUUGUGAUCGAUGGAUCUGCAAUGUACCAAAUGAUCAAAGUGACCAAGCAGUAUUAAAUCAACGAGAAGCAUGGAGUAAAUUAUUACAGUUUUAUUGCUCUGAUAUGCUUGAACAAUGUCAAACAAAAACUUUUCAAUCAUUGUCUAUCGAAAUUCUAUGCUCACACUGGCAAGAUCUAUGUCUAGAGCUACGAGAUGCCGCACGGAAAUUACUCGAAAAAGAACUUGACCAUUUGCAUAAAAAUCAUGACGCAUGGCAUAUAUUCAUAUCCAAAUGGUCAAUGCUGUUCAAUCAAUCAUAUAAUAAAGAAGCCGAUGGUGCGCUAUACGAUCAAGAUAUUCGUGAUAUAUUUCUCGAUGAUUUGCCAUUUCAUAACGAAACAGCGACAGUAACAACAGUCAAUCAACAGUAUAAAACUCAACAGAUGUUAUCAAUUAUAUUGAUUGGCAUUAUCGGUGCGCGGUACGGACAAGAAGUUGAACAAACAAAACAAUCAAAUGCGCCAAUCAAAGGAUUUACUGUAGAUAGCCCUGAAAUGAUUUUAAAACUGAGUCGAAUCUUAACAAGUCUUUUAUCUCCAUCGAACUUCGAUCAUAUACCCAUUCAUACUGUUAUUCGUCGAACAGCGAUCGAUCUUAUUGGUCGUGGUUAUACAAUCUGGGAACCAUAUUUAGAUAUCGGACAAGUUCUAUUAACACUGCUUGAUCUAUGUGCGAUCAGUGAUAGUACAACGAUCUCCAGCAAGCAGCCUAAUAUCUAUACGAGCAGACAAAUCGAUUUAACAAUCAAACGGCAUGAAACGAGGUGUGUUGUCAAAGUUUGCAUCGAAUAUUUUGUUUUUUCAUUUAGUGUAAUAAGCGGAAUUUUGACACCUAAAACAGAUACCUGCCUAACAGCACGAACUGCAUUGACAUUGAUUGCUACAUCUCGUUCGAAUGUAGUCAUCAUUACAUUAGCACGUGAGAUAGCCAAACAUGUUCUUUCGCAAUCUGGUCAAACAUCGUCGUCGGCAGCACGCACUGCCGCACCAUCGCAAACGACAAUGACAAUAAGAAACGAACAAAAACAUGAAAUACUUCGUUUAAUCAAGAUCCUUAUCGAAAAAUGUCCGCAUGAUGUUGCGGAAUUGAUUAUUGAAGUUACCGAUAUUAUAUUGAAUUGCAUUGAUUUAAGCACUCUUCGACAUAAAAGUGUUCAAGCCGUACAUGAAACAUUCGGAUUACUACUAAAAUAUCCAAUAGUAACUUACUGUUAUGACUCACCGAAAUUAUGUGUUGGUACGAAAACAGGUGUUCUUGCUUUGUAUGAUUUAAAGACACCGAAAUACCAACCAUUUCAAGCUCAUCCAAAGAAUGAAGUGAUUACUUGUGUCGAAUUCUCACCGGAUGGCAAAUAUCUGGCUUCCUAUUCCGCUUACGAAGGAAUUUUAUACUUUUGGCAAACAUCAUCGAAUACAUUUUUCAGUACAUCAAAUACGAUUCAUCUAGUGUCUCGACAUGCUGCUCAACGACUCGAUCGUUCGAUUCCAUCGCCAAUGAAGAAGGUUGACAUGAACUGGCUUGAUCGCACAACUGUUCGGAUGUAUUGGCAUGUCGAUAAGAGCGAAAAGAAAUUUACAGUAUAA